AUGAAAGCACUCAUUCUUGUAGGAGGUUUUGGAACUCGUCUACGUCCUUUGACGUUGACUCUUCCCAAACCAUUGGUCGAGUUUGCUAACCGACCCAUGAUCUUGCACCAAAUCGAGGCUUUAGUCAAGGCUGGCGUGACCGACAUUGUUCUGGCAGUCAAUUAUCGUCCAGAAGUUAUGGCCAACUUUAUUGCCACGUACGAAGCUCAACUUGGUGUUCAUAUCACCUUUUCUGUCGAGACUGAGCCUCUUGGUACUGCUGGUCCCUUGGCACUUGCUAGCGAUGUUCUUGGCAAAAACGACGACCCCUUUUUUGUGCUCAAUUCUGAUGUUAUCUGUGAUUUUCCGUUUGAGGAGAUGGCUGCGUUUCACAAGUCUCAUGGCAACGAAGGUACUCUUUUGGUGACUCGUGUCGAAGAACCAUCUAAAUAUGGUGUGGUGAUCAACAAGCCCAACUCUACCAAGAUUGACCGGUUUGUUGAAAAACCACAAACUUUUGUAUCCAACAAGAUCAAUGCUGGUCUCUAUAUAUUCAACACUAGCAUUCUGAAGCGCAUCAAGCCAGAGCCAACAUCGAUUGAAAAAGAGAUUUUCCCACUCAUGGCAGAUGCAGGUGAGCUGCAUUAUAUGGAUCUUGCUGGAUUCUGGAUGGAUGUGGGCCAACCCAAGGAUUACUUGAUUGGAAUGAGCCUUUAUUUGGCAUCAUUGAACAAAAAGUCGCCCAGUUCCCUUACCACAGGACCAGGAUAUAUUGGCAACGUACUUAUUGAUCCCACGGCCAUCAUUGGUGAACAUUGUCGCAUUGGUCCCAAUGUAGUGAUUGGUCCAGGAGUAGAAAUUGGAGAUGGAGUGCGACUUAGCCGGACGGUUCUUUUGGAAUCUGUUAGGAUCAAGGAUCAUGCAUGGAUCAAUUCAUCUGUUAUAGGAUGGCGGUCAACCAUUGGUAGAUGGACUCGUGUCGAAGGAAACUCGAUUACUGGUGAAGAUGUCCAAGUUUCUGAUGAAAUCUACUUGAAUGGUGCGUGUAUUCUUCCCCACAAGUCGGUUAGUGCGAAUGUUCCUCAACCCAAGAUCAUUAUGUGA